AUGGCAAUCAAAAAACUCAAAGUGAUUGGAGACAAGGAUCUCCAGAAGCUGAAAAAAGAGUCCAAAUGUUGCAUCAUUAUAAACGACCUGGUGUAUGACGUCACUGCGUUUUUGGAGCAUCCCGGAGGGUUCGAUGUUCUCAAGGAGCAUGAUGGACAAGACGCAACGAAGGCCUUCCAGCAAAUAGGCCACUCCGCCAACGCACAGAACCUGAUGAAGACGUUCCUCAUUGGCAUUCGAAAAAACUCGGCCCUCUACAAGAAAAAGGCGGCUACCAAGACGGUGCAGGGUAAGGAUGAAUUCGUGGACUACUCCGAGAAGGAGAUAAAGGAGGAAACCGAAGCGAAGGCAAGCGCGAACGCGAAAGGGAAGGCUCCCAAGGAAAAGCUCCCGGAGGAAGAAAAAAUAAACUACCCCCUUGUGGCAUCCGUCAUCCUCCUCUUCAGCAUCACAUAUUAUUUCUUGUUUUUACAAACAUAA